AUGCCCAUGCAUCGCCAUUUUGGCCCUUUUGCUCUGACACUCGCGCUCGUGCCCGCCGAGCGCCUUCGAGGUCCAACAGAUGACAUUGAAAUGAAGACCCAAGCCAUCAUCAUGCGCCACUUCACUGACUCGGAUGAGAUUGACAACGCUGAGGACAUGGAUGAGCCUGCAGACACCGACGAGCUAACCAAGCGGGCCGUCAUGCUCAUCGAGCUUCGCGGCGAGUUGUUCCCGAGCCAGACGUUCACGCAGAUCUACGGCGAGCAGGUGCUCCAGCGCGUGGCCGACGACAGGGAGAAGGACUGGGCGCUCGCCGACGAGGCGGUGGACUGGGCGUGCUCGCGCUCGAGGAUGAUCAGGGCGAUGCUCCGCCGCGUGUCGCAGAGCGCAACGUUUCGAACUGCCAAGAAGGAGAAGGACGCUUCGCCCGGCUACGCCGAGAAGCUCGAGGGCGACCCCGACGAGCCGAACGAGGCCGAGGUCAGGGCGAUGUGGAAGGGCGGGGUGGCCAAGAAGAUCCCAGGGCUGACGUUCGGGAAGCUGCGGUCGUGGUUGGCGACGAAGGGCGCAGAUGGCAAGACGAAGAAGAAAAAGGGCAACGAUAACCUGCUCCUGGAAAAGAAGCACGUCAAGACUGGCAUGACCAUCACAGCGACGAGGUUCAGCAGGCUCGGGCAGAAAGCUCUCGCCAUAUGGGAGGAAGUGGCUUUCAAGGCGAGGCCGAAGAUGGUGAUGCAGAUGGCUUUGAUGGACGGGAUGGAGGGGCAUGAGGAGUUCGUCAAGGGCCUGGCGAACAAGUACAUCGAGGGCUGCACCACGAAGGAAGAGAUGGAGACGGCCAAGAAGGCUGAGCCCAAGCCGAGCCCAGACGAGGACGGGCCCGAGGAGGACGAGGGCGAUGACCAGUUCGAUGGAGAGUUGAACUCGGACGCCGACGAUGCAUCCGAGGAGGAUGACGACGACGUGGAACUUCCUGUUAUGAGGAAGCCAGCCAUGGCGGAGAAGUUCAGCAUGAAGAGGCCAGCUGCAUACUGCGGCGGCACGCCCCCCGAAGAAGGCGAAGGGUGGAUGCGCGAGCCCCGAUCCGCCGAGCUCGUGCGCGCAGAAGACCGCCAUCUUGAAGGCGCUCGUGCAGCCUCCGCCGCAGACGAAGCUGAACCCGACUGUGCCCGUCGAAAUCAGACGCCUGGGCCCCGGGCGAAGACGGCGAUGGAGACGGUCAUGGCCGAGGCCGAGCAGGGGGGCUCGACGCAGGACGACACCAGCAUCCCCGCUGGCCUCUUCGACGGGUUCCGAGCUGCGGCGGUGGCGGGCCAGACGUGGACUCCGCGGCAGUCCGCGGACAGCGGCUGCCCGCCGCUGUUCGCUGGGGUUACAGUUUCGAGCGCUGCUGAACAGCGCUCACAGCGCACAUAA